UUUAAGCUUUAGUCUGUGACCAAAGUAAUGUUAUGUAAACAAAGGUUAAAAACCUUUAGUAUUGUACCAGAAUAUUUUCUCAUAUUAUAGUUUUCUAAAUGUUAGCGUUACACUUACGUUACCAAUAGUAUAUGUUAUUUUCUUCAUAUAUUCAAUAAAAUGUUUCGACAUAUCUUUCAAGUCUCAAAACCUAUGAGAGGGAAAUUGAUACGUGCAGUAGGUGGAAGCGGCAGUGCAUUUGAAAAUAAUAGCGUUACAAAAGAACAACAACUGACAGAGGCAUUGAAGAGAGCAAUGCCUGGCAUUUCAUAUGUGUGUGUAGAAGAUAUAUCUGGAGGUUGUGGAGCUAUGUAUGAGAUAAGUGUAGAAGCAAAGGAGUUUAUUGGUUUAUCAAGAGUGAAACAACACAGGCUUGUAACUGAAACCUUAAAAAGUGAAAUAGCAGAAAUGCAUGGUAUUAGAAUUCACACAACUCCAUCAUCAUCAUCAUCUAAAAACUAGAAAUCACCAUUUUAAAAUAGAGUAUAUCUGUGCAUUGGCUGUGUUAAUAUAAUGUUUAUCAAACAAUA